AAGAAAUCAUAAAGCAUUGUAUAGAACUGCCUGUUUUGUGUAUUAAAAUUUAAAUUACACAAUUUAUAAUGUCGUAUCAACUGUACAGAAAUACUACGAUCGGAAACACAUUACAAGAAAGCCUUGACGAACUGAUCCAGUACGGGCAGAUAACACCGGCUUUAGCAGUAAGAGUGCUAUUGCAAUUUGACAAAUCUAUAAAUACAGCUUUAUCCAACAAGGUGAAAUCUAGAUUAACCUUUAAAGCUGGAAAACUAAAUACUUACAGGUUUUGUGACAAUGUGUGGACCUUUAUGUUGAAUGAUGUGGAGUUCCGAGAAGUGCAAGAAGUUGCUAAAGUAGACAAAAUCAAAAUUGUAGCUUGUGAUGGUAAAAAUGUCGAGGAAAGGAAAUAACAUUAGUGGUGCUGGUAGUGUCAGUUCCAAUAAUUAUCUCAGUAUAUUUUUAUAAGGCUGUAGUUUUGGUAAUGAAUUCAAGUCGCUGCUUAUCGAGCAUGUAUGCAUCAGUAUAAAAUACUCGGGGUCUAAUUGGAUUGAGGACCUUUUAUUAAUGUUUUAGUUUGGU